GCACUGGCUCCGCUUGUGAUCAAUAUGUCCACGUGACCUCUCGUUAGUCAGUCGAGACUCGCGUAAUUGCAAAUGCAAAAUGUCUGAAGGAACGCUUGUGUUAAAAAUGAAGUCAUAAUAUUUUGUUAACAGUUUGUAGUGUUCUAGUGUAAAAUGCCUGCGUCAAUUGGUGUUAAUUUACGUGUGACGGGCCAUUGUAGCCAAGGCGGGAGAAAGUAUAUGGAAGAUUUGUUUUCCGUUGCGUAUCAACAAACCGAGGACGAGAGAGAUUUGGAGUAUGCCUUCUUUGGAAUUUACGAUGGGCACGGCGGGAGCGAGGCCGCAGCUUUCGCGAAGGAGCACUUGAUGGACUCUAUUGUGAAGCAGCGUCAGUUCUGGUCGGACAACGAUGAGGACGUGCUGAAAGCUAUCAGGAAUGGUUACAUGCUGACCCACUUGAACAUGUGGAAAGAGCUAGAGAAAUGGCCAAAGACUGUGACAGGAUUACCAAGCACCGCUGGCACAACGGCCAGCGUAGCUUUUAUAAGGCGAGGGAAAAUAUACAUAGGCCAUGUCGGGGAUUCUGCAAUUGUUCUUGGUUACCAGAAAGAAGGGAGCGAGGAAUGGGCCGCCAAGCCCUUAACAUCAGACCACAAACCCGAAUCCACAGCGGAAAUGGAACGCAUCCAAAAAUGCGGUGGCAAAGUGGUCUCCAAAGCGGGUGUUCCAAGAGUUGUAUGGAACAGACCCCGCCAGGGCCACAAAGGACCUAUCAAGAAGAAUACCCCGAUGGAUGAGAUCCCAUUCUUGGCUGUGGCCAGGUCCUUGGGUGACCUAUGGAGUUAUAAUACACAGAAUGAUGAGUUCAUAGUCAGUCCGGACCCAGAUGUGGGAGUGCUGACGAUAGACCCUACUAAAUUUAGGUGCCUAAUAUUCGGAACAGACGGUCUAUGGAACAUGAUAUCACCGGAGGGUGCUGUGAGCCUGGUGCAGGCGACGGAGAGACACAACGAGGCAGCACUCGUUGGCGGCUCUGCUAACCAGCCGAGAGACUGGCUGAACCCGUCCAAGAGUUUAGUUGACCAUGCUCUUGAGAGAUGGUCGAACACACGCAUGCGCGCCGACAACACGUCCGUGGUGACGCUCAUGCUGGACCCGCCCGGGCCGCCGCGCGCCACCGUGCUGCGCGCGCGCUCCAAGCCCGCCGCCGCGCCCGCGCCCGCGCCCGCGCCCGCCCCGCCGCCCGAGGAGCCCGACACGAGGCCGGUGCCGCAGAACGGGCUCACCAUCAUGACGAGAUACUCGGAUGUCGACAGCAAUAAGCCUGCGACGCCGGAGACCACAGAGAGCAGCAGAACACCGCUACCUCCGUGUGCAACCCUCGACGGGCGUUUCUCGACCGGCAGCGACGAACGCGGUGAGAAGCGCGAGCAGGAGAGCGACGCGAUCGCCAACUACGGGAACCCCGCCGAGUCCUACUUCAUGGCGCGCCUUCUUCAGCGGUCCAGGCUAGUUAACACUCUGUCCUCGGUCACGAAGGAGCUGGCCGGCGAGAAACAGAGGGAGGAACCCGAUCCGGAGCCGGCCACGGUGCUCCCGGAGCCCGAGUCGGAGAAGACGUUGCCGCCCGACGUUCCCGUCGACCCGCCGUCGCCCGCGGCCGAGGAGCCGAAGACCGACGGCGACGACGUCAGUAUACAGAUCAACGAGGUGUCCUCCAGCUCGCCGACGGAGGGCCCGCCGCGGCCGCGCGGCCGGCGACCGAAGGCGGAGGCUCGGCGCGACGCGGCUCCGCCGGCCAACGACCGCGUGCUGCGCUCGCACGACGCCGAGGCCGCGCCGCGCCCGCAGACGCGGCAGGCGGGCGGCCGCGCCCGGCCCGCCGCCGCGCCGCCCGCCGACCGCGUCGUCAUCCUCACCCGCCGCGCCCCGCCCGCGCCCGCCGCGCCGCCCGACCGCGCGCCGCCGCGCAAGCCGCCCGCCGAGCCCGAGCCGCGCGCCACGCGCUCCGCCGCGCUCCUCCCCGCCGCGCCCCGGCCGGGAAACUCGGCGCGCGCCCCGGGCCCGGCGCGGCGGGCCCCGGCGGCGCGGCGCCUCCCGCCGGCGCCCGCGCCCCGCCCGCGUCCGCGCGGCUGCUGCAAGGAGAACCGCGCCCGCCCGUCGCCCGCGCCCGGCGCCGCGCCCGCCUCGCGCCGCUCCCCGCGCACCGCGGAUAGCGCGCCCGAGCCCGAGGUGCACUCCACCACGCCGGCCGCCGCCGACGACUGCCUGCGCGCGCGCGCGCUGCGCUCGCGCAACGACGCGGCGGAGCCGGCGCCGCCGCCGCCGCCGCCGGGCAAGGCGGGCAAGCGGCGCGCGGCGGCGGAGGACGGCGUGGCGCACAAGGCGCCGCGGCUGGACGCGAGCAGGGCGCGCCUCUCGGCGGGGGAGCGCGUGGCGCGCGCGCUCAACAAGCGCGCGUCGGGCCCGUGGGCGCCGGCGCUGGCGCUGCGCAACCGCCUGCGCCGGCGGCUCGCCAAGUGACUAGUGUAGUGUGUCGCGGUUACCCGCGAGUGCGGGGAUAACGGUGCCUUCUAGUACUGCCAAAGUACUCUUUGACUUUUCAUAUUUUAUCGCCCCGGCCGGGCGGGAUCCAAAGAUGACCGCGUCGUUUCCGGUCAAACUUCUGUUGUUGAUUUUUAUUUUUAGCGAUCCGCUCUCGGGGCCGCGGUCGACGCCGCGCGGCGAACGAUAGUACAAAGAGUAUAUUGAAUAUAAACGUAAGUUUAACUCGUGGACCAGGCGGAAUGAAUUAGCCCCGAUAGAUAUUUAUUUUAUGCGUAUUUACGGCCGAUAUCGUCCUGCAUUUAUCUUUAAGCGUGUGAAAAUUAAAUUUUCAUCACCGAGGCUACAUGUAACUUCACCGAACCUUAUGAAGCGCGAGUCAGAUAUAUAGUUACACCAUUAUUUUCGAGAUAUCUCGACGGGGGAACCUUUCGCAAUGAUAUAAUUAUAUUUACCCUUAAUUAUAAUAGUGAAAUUAUGCAUACUAUACCAAGAGUGCUUUUCUCAAAUAAUGUAGUAAAUUUAAUAAGAGUGCUAUAUAUAAUAUUUAUAUAUUUGAAGUGUACAGAAAAAUGUAAAAUUUGAAACGAAAAUUUUCGUAUUGACGUAUUAAAGGCAAUUUUUAGUUUUGAAGAAACGUAGUUAUUGGAGUUAUUCUUUUAGGAAAAGAAUUCUUUUGUGUACUUCCUUACUAGCUUUAUCCUUUAGUGAUGAGAGUAGCUAGUUUAACUUAAAAUGACAUCUUAUUUUGUUACGGAAUUCUUAUUAAGAUAGACAUGUUAGACAUAUCCAUGUAACUUGUAUUUGUCUUAAUGCGCCUUCCAUAUUGUUACAUAGAACUGUGUUUUCAGUUAGGACCUAGACCAGCGGUCGGCAACCCGCGGCCCGCGAACCUCUCACUUGCGGCCCGCAAGCCUCCCUGGCUACUAGCAAAGACCCUAUAAAUAUUAACAAAGUACGGCCCGCGUUCACUUCGUUAACUGCUAUGUGGCC